GGGAAUUCCCCCUUUCCUUUUGCUUUGAUGAUAAUGAUGAGCGUUAACGUACAGAAAACAGAGAAAGUUGCAAGAUAUGAUUAUACUGUGCGCUGAUAUAUUUCUGCUCCCGACUCCUUUCUUUGAACCUUUGACUUUGUGACUGGAUAUUUUCCUCGAAUUUGUUGUUUCCUCUUCACCAAGUGUUCCAGCAUUUCCAACCAAUCGUUUGGAAACUUCUCGGAAUAUCUUCAAGGAACGGAAUUUCUAGAGGUGGGAAAGACCCAGAUGUAAGAAGAUCUGGUGCCCCAAUAUAUUGAUCCAGAAUAUGGAGAGGAAUGGGCCUGGAGCACCUCAGAUCCCAGCUAGACCAACCAUCUUUCAACAUGCAGAGUCCCUAUUAUUUUUCCAUGGAAGACUUACAAAUACCGAGGAGGAUAGAAUUUUCAAGUACUACUUGGAUACUAGAGGGGCUUUUCUACUGAGGAAGAGCAAUUCACAGGAAGAUACUAUUGUCAUUUCCAUUGUAGUUGACCGGAAGAAUAUCUUCCACAUCAAGGUAGAACAGAGGCAUGGUAAAGUUUGUAUCUUCCAGAGCGAUGAUGUCUUCUCAUCUCUAGCCAGGCUCAUAGAAUACUACCAACGGCAUCCUUUCCCAGGGACCAAGCAUCAAGGUCUUUACCUCACCAAAGCAAUCAAUGCCAACAGGUUUACACCAGCAACCGCUGGGACCCCAGCUCCAGGGGAGCGAGCACCGCCCCUCUCAAGCCUGCCGAAGGAGCCUUCCAUCGAUGAACGUCCGCCCAUGCCGCUUCCGUCCUCUCAAAAUCCGAUCUACGCGGAGUACCGCCAUCUCUACUCCCGCGUUGACAAGGUGGAAUCGGACCAACUCGGCCGGAUACUGCAGCUUUGUGAGGAAGUGGACAAAGAGAUUCUGAAUGUGGGUCGUAUGAAGUGCUCUUGUGGUCUCUACAAGGAGGAAUCGGAGCUCAUCGAUGGUUGGAUGAUGCAUCGGGACACCGAGGGCGAGGCCACAAGAGGGCGUAUAUUUUUCCUCGAUACCAAGACAAACCAGUCAACCUGGAAACUGCCGCAGGAGGUUGAGAUGGAGAUCAGGAAGAAUCAUCCUGACAAAUGGAGAAUGCUUUGUAGACUGUUGAAAGAACCUGUUGCUAAUUAUGACUUUUAGAUUGGAAGACCAAAGAUCAAGUAUGGCCGUGUGUUGUCUGCAGGGUGGCAAGGCAGUGACUUGUUAAACAGACAAGAGAUUUUGUGGAUCAAGAUGCAUUUCAGGAGAAACAGCUUGCAUAACAAUGCCAAAAUGGGAGUAGUACCAGUAUACACAUAUUGGUGUUUUGUACAGCAUAGAGGUAUGGUUGUAGUAAGACAGCUUCUCGAUGAAUCUAGCGAAGAAAAUUAAUAAAUAUGACAUGCCACUCAGGCUUCCAGAGUGUGAUUUCCUUGAUAUUAGGUUUGAAUUUGAAUGUCAAUAUUGCAAGAGAAAUGAAAGGAAUACCGCACGUUUUAGUCUGUUUCCUACCCAAGCUCACACUGGUUAUACAUCUGGUGGGUCAUGGUCUUUCAUAAAGUUGUUCGUAAGUUAAGAGAUUGGUGAAUCUUUCUUACGCUCUUAAUAAUCAACAAUGAACAUUAAAUGGUCAAUAUCAUUUACCAAAAGAAAGGAUCACCAGUCGUUCUUAAAGUCACUUUUAACUUAUGAUCAGCUUUAUGAAAUGGCCCCCUGGAAUAUUUAUGAGUUUGUUACUUUUAUCACUUCAAUAAUGUGAUAAUUCGAAGUUAUUGUCUACUAUGAUGGGUUCAAGGAUGUAGCUUUAGCGAGUGCAUAUGCAUGUUACAUGUUCCUGCUUCAAUUCUAAGCAACCGUCCAAGCGUUAGAUGGUCUGGGUACAGCCCUGCAUUUCUGACGCAUCUCUCUACUUCUGGUGCAUCGAAACUGGGACGCCAUGAAACAGGCAUUCUUUAAAAGAGAACCACAAUGAUAGGGAAAGGAUUUUGUUGCGCUUAUUUAGGGGCACAUCAUCCGUUAUGGUUGUUUAUCUGAGGCUUGCCAGAUAUAUCUCACAAGUUUACUGCUGCUAAAAUAUUAUCUGUCAUUAGUCGAGUAUCAAAAUGAGGUGAGAUACAUACUGGUGGGUGUUUCAUAAAGCUGUUCGUAAAGUUACGCACAACUUUACGAUCGACUGGAGCAUGAUCUUAGGUCCUAACUCAAUUGCAUAGGGAUAUCACUUGGCAUGAGAAAGGGUUACCAGUCAUGCGUAAAGUCAUUCGUAUCUUACGAACAGCUUUAUACAACACUCACCAGGUGUACGCUUUAAUUUUUCUAGGCUAUUUAUGUGAGAUCAAAUAUGGAAAGGCCUGAAAUGUUAAGUCAAUGACAAAGCUCUUGAAGCAAUUUGGACUUGCCUGUCCUAUCGCUUUGUACUUGCCUCAGUCUUCCAGAAACUGCACAAGUGUUUGUGGAUUAAUUUAUUUUGCAGACCUUGAAAGUAGGUAUAAUUUUUGAUAAAUAUGUAUCUAUAGUAGCCACUGCUACUAAUGGCGGAAAUCAAGAAAACUCCAAACCAUAAAAAAAUAUAUAUGUUAUGAAAAGGCCUAUGCUGAGGUGAAAAGAAUAUUAAGAUGUUGUCUAGAAAGUAUUCAAGAUUAGCUGAACCAUACCAAAUACCAUUAACAAGCAACUCGUGGUUAUUUACUCAGGAUUUCACUGAAAAGUUCUAUAAAAGUUUUACUACGAAACCAGAAUUCUUAUGUGCAGGUCAGACUGUACACUAUUAAAGAAUAAUUGUACAGACCUGUGUAUUAUCUGGUUAAUUUUUUUUUUUGCAAUUUACAAUGUACAUUUGACAGUAAAGAGAUAUAAUAUAGAUUUGGAAUACAUGUGUAUGGAGAACAUAUAAAUGUGAAUUGAAUUUUGGAUCUAAUAAAAAGAGGUACAUAAAACUUAAAUACUAAACAAAAAGAAAUGAUUGGAUUGAAAUAAUAUUUUUUGUUUACAUUAAAUUGAUUAAUAAUCCAUUUUACACUUGUUAUCUUAUUAUUUUUUAAGUAAUGUCCUAUUAUUUUUUAUAUAAUGGUCUAUUAGGUCUAGGAAAAAAAAUUGUCUACUUUUCUCUCUGUCAAGUCAUGCUUUCAUAGAAAGUCUAAUUAAUGCAUUGACCUUAAUGCUGUGGUUUGAAAAAAAAUUACAGGAGGCCAGGCAAUAGCCGGACUGUGAAACUACCAGAGUGAAACCGGAAACAUUUAUGACAUGAAACUUUAUGACUUGGCAGGACUGUAUAUUUGUGGUAAAAAUACUUAGAAAUGCAAAGUUUCAAUGUCUUUUAAUUACUUGUACAUGUAUUUCAGUGGCAUCUGAGCAUUAAGUCAUGUUAGAAAGGGGAAAUUAUGUGAACCAACAGGCCUGCUCUGUGGUUUGACUGAAACAAUGGUACAUGACCUGUAAUUGAACUAUUGGCAGCCAUUUUGUGUAAGAUUUGUCGUGGUUUGAAAUGUAAUGUCCACGUUUACUUUGGUUUCGUUCUUAAAUGGUCAAGCAAGUUUGAUAUCUGACCUUUUGACCUGGGACCCGUCUUACAAAGAGUUGCGAUUGAUCCGAUUGAUCACAAUUCAAAACUAUGGACAGCCAGCAACAUCAACAUCUAAAAUGUAUGUUCAAAAUAUUUUCUGCAUAAAUUCAUCAUUCUCUUGAAAAUUCAGUGUUGUUCUGUUUGUUUACUAAAGGAGAUUGUGCAAAUUUCCUGUAAAAAAUUAUGGUAUGGAUGGAUUUCCAUAGAGUUGAGAUUGAUUGGAUCAAUCAUAGCUCUUUGUAAGAUGGGGCCCUGUUGAUUGAUUUUGCUGUGACAUGCAUUAUCCUCAGUGUCCAGUCCAUGAGUGGGUUCAGGUUUGAACAGGUUAACACUUCGAUAUUUAAUGAAUUUCGUUGCAGACCACGAUAGCAUUAUCCAUGGGUUGAAUUAAUCAGUGGUAAAGUUUUUUAUGAUUUUUUUUAAGACUACAAUGGUUUAGCUUAUCUUUAUGGUUUGAAUUAAUUAGUGGUUAAAGUUGUAGACCAUAAUGUCGUAUUGUGACAUUUGAAAGUAGGCCAAUGUGCUUGGUAUGCUCUCUCCUGAGCAGUUUUGUUUCCUGCAGAUUUUUAGGAAGUAUAAAGGUCCUAUUUGUCAUACCUGGCUUUAUUGCAUCAUAUCCUUUGCUAAUAAUAUUCCCAUUCUCAAUUGGAAUUGUACCUAACUUGUUUGGGCCUAAAACUCCACACACUUCGAGAGGAACAUAUUCUAUUUAUUUUCACAUCUGUAGUAUUUAUGUAAGUUCAGACAUCUGAUCUGAGUAAGUAGCAAUGGUGUACUUUGAAAGAUCAACUCUAAUAGAGUCUCUACAUAUUCCAUCCAUUCCACAUAAGCAUAUCAAUGAUUAGUCCCUGUUUUUAAUUGUUCAUAAUCCUUGAAUUCUAUUUUAUUGUUUUACAACUUAGUUUUCAAGUUUCUCCGAGUCAAAGCUGCAUUCCAUACUAAUUUCCCAAAUGGAUGAGUUUACUUCAUUGACUUUUAUUUGUGCAUUCAACCUUUAAUCCUUUUACAAGUUCUCCAUGUACAAGAUGCACUGUAAGUGAAAUGUCUAGGUGUUCUAUCCUUGGUGUUCUACCCAAAAAGGAAGUUAUUAAGAUUUUAUUACAUGUAUUAAGGUUUGAUUCGGUUAUUUUUUUCACCUUGACCCAUAAGGUAUUAUACUGGCAUGAAGGGAUGAGGGAUAAAAUCCACCAAAACUGUGGUCUGAAAAGUUGCUGCGUCAAUAUUUCUAGCUUUUUAUAAAAAACACAUUUGUGUUAAAAUAUUUUGUAAAGUUGUCUGUGGAGAAGUGAUAUUGAAAUGAAAAAAAAAUAUUGCUUCCUCAAAGUUGAUUCCCUACCUAUUAGUCAUAGGCAUCCAAACAUUGAUCAAUUUGUAUGGUAUGCAUACUUUAUCAGUCGUGCCAGGGGCCGUUUCAUAAAAGCUGUUGGUAAGUUAAGAGCGACUUGUGAAGCUUUCGUACGCACUAAAUAAUCACAAAUGAACAUUUACUGGUGAAUAUCAUUUAACACAAGAUAGGAUCACCAGUCGUUCUUAAAGUCGCUCUUAACUUACGAACACCUUUUAUGAAAAGGCCCCUAGAUCAUGAUUGCAGAUGAAGGAGGCAAAUGUUCAUUAGUUCUUCCUGAUACUAUGAAUGGUUUAGAGCUGGUGUUCAUUAUAAAACUCAUACCAUUAGUUUCCAGUAUACUUAUUAGGGGAAAGACGAGAACUUGUGAAAUUUUGAAUGUUAUUCAUGCAUAGUGUGGUAAUGUAUUAUUCAUACAGUUGUAGCAAUGAAUGUGGAAUGUGUGAGAAGACCAAACUUGUCUAACUGUUUAAUAGUGAAGUGCAAAGUUAUAUUGGUAUGACACUUACAGUGGUUGGUAUGGCACAUUGGUAGUAUUCAAUACUUGGAAAUGUGACCCCCCCCCCCAUCUCUUAGCCAAUCAAAUAGCAGGUUUUCAGUCACUGUUAUCCAUAAUAUGCAACCAACAUUUGUGAUAAACUAGCAUUGUGAAUUAGUGAAUAGAGCCUUACAACAUUUAGAUUCAAGGGGCGGAUCUAGCUUUUUUCCAAGGAGGGGGUUUGACCGAGAAAUUUGACAAGCAAAAAAAAAAGGUUUCACUACCAAAUGAGGGGGAGGGGUUUAAAAUAACUUUUCUUCAGGUUGUUUUUACUAACUUAUGCAUAUAGUAUCUAUAAUGUUAUUAACACCAGAUAAAAGAAGAGGCUGUAACCUUCAAGAUGAUAUGUCAUUCGUCACUCAUAUUUGUGAUGGAUGUAUGAUAAAACUGCGAUAAUUCUUAGUUUGUUUGUUUUUUCCUGGGACUCGCUGUAAAUCUAGUGCUACCUGCCUGUAAUCAAGGUCAUUGUAUUUGUCAUAACUGUAGAAGGGUAUGUGGUAUUUAACAAAAUAGUACAGGUAUCUCAAUAUGUAGAAUUUCAAUCCGGGGAGCGUUUUGUGAAGUGAUUUGUCAUUGAGUUGUCAUGUAGAGGUGUUGUGGCUCAGUGGAUAAGUCUCCGGACUUUGAACCACAAGGUCCGGGGUUCAAACCCCACCGCAGCAUUCGCAUCCUUUGGCAAGGCGUUAUCUACAUUUGCCACUCUCCACCCAGGUGUAGUAAAUGGGUACCCGGUAGGAAGGAAUUCCUUGAAUGCUCGAGCGUCCGAUCAGGAUAGCCGUGCUAAAGCCGGGAUAAUAGUAUGCAGCGCUUAGAAAUAUUGUAUUAAGCGCUAUAUUAAUGUUGCAUAUUAUUAUUAUUAUUAUUAUUGAUUUUUACUGGCAACUGUCUGCAGCUACAAAAAUGCUUGCAUACGGUUGAAUGAGAACAAAGUUGUCAGGGAAAAUCACUGAAAAGGUGUGUCAGGAGAUGAUCUCCAGAUAAAAGUUACGUGUAUUGAAAAUGAACAAGUAUUGAAAAAGAUAUGCCAGAUUUGACAUGACAAUGAUUCCUAUAAUUCGCAACAGUUUCAUAUCUGCAAGGUGUCAAUGCCCAAAAGCCAUGCUUCAAUCAUGAAUAAUAAGUCAGUGUUUGAUAGAGUUUGAGGGCACUGGGUGGAAACAUGGACCCACUAGUAAGGUCCAUGGUGUAAAUGACGCAGCAGAGGCUUUGAUUUGUUGUGUUUAACGCACAAACUACAAGAUGAAUUGGCAUUCUCAUGUUUUAUGCAGAUAUUAUUUCAAAUGAAUAUGUAUUAUUACCCAGAAUAAAAUCUAGUUUUCUAUCAUACAA